GCUUAUUGGAGUGACAAACCAUGGGGAAGCCAACUGGGAAGAAGAAAAGUAAUGUAAAAUCAAAGUCAAAUGAUGGAGAUGUGAAGCAUAAAUCAAAAGCAUUUGAUGAAGACACAGCUGUGUUUAUCAAGAUGUCUAAAGAACUGAAGGAAGAAGGGAACAGGUUCUUUCAGAAACGCGAUCACGAGGGAGCCAUGUUGAAGUAUGAGAAGGCACUCAAAUUGCUUCCUAGGAACCAUAUUGAUGUUGCCUAUUUGCAUAGCAACUUGGCUAGUUGCUACAUGCAAAUGGGGCGUAGCGAGUUUCCAAGAGCUAUAAAUGAAUGUAACUUGGCACUUGAAGUUGCUCCCAAGUAUAGCAAAGCUUUGUUGAAGAGAGCAAAGUGUUAUGAAUCAUUGAAUAGGCUUGAUUUAGCUUUAAGAGAUGUAAACCAUGUCUUGAGUAUUGAACCUAACAAUUUGACUGCUUUAGAGAUUGCAGACAAGGUUAAAAAGGAAAUAGAAGAAAUACUUAAAGUUGAAAAUAAAAAGUUAGUCUUACCCCUUCCAGAAUCUGCCAAUGUUGUGAAGGAUAACAUGAAAAAGGAGAAGAAGAACAAUAAAUUUGAUAGAAAGAGGAUAGUUGAGAUUAAGGAAACGAAGAUUGAUGGAGUCGAAGAAAAGAAGGCCGAGGACAAGGUGGUAGUGGAGGAGAAGAGAACCGUCCAGGGAGAAAAAACGAUGACAAGAACAGUGAAGUUGAUUCUUGGAGAGGAUAUAAGAUGGGCACAGUUACCAGUUGGUUGCAGUAUUCGACUUGUGAGAGACAUAGUUCUAGAUCGAUUUCCAAAUUUGAAGGGUGCACUUAUCAAGUACAGGGAUCAAGAAGGUGAUUUGGUAACUAUUACAACUACUGAUGAGCUCAGGUUGGCUGAAUCAUCUGUUGAUCUUCAAGGUUCUUUAAGACUCUACAUCAAAGAAGUUAGUCCAGAUAAAGAACCUAUGUAUUUGAGGGUUGAAGAAGAUGAGAAAUCGAGCAUCUGCAGAUCAACUAUAGUAAAAAAGGAUGGGGAACUGAAUAAAGGGCCAAUUUGCCCUGAGAACUGGUUUGUCCAAUUCGCAAGGCUAUUCAAGAACCAUGUUGGAGUUGAUUGUGACUCGUAUCUGGAUCUUCAUGAGACAGGAAUGAAAUUAUAUUCAGAAGCUAUGGAGGACACAGUUACAAAUGAAGAAGCAGAAGAGCUUUUUGACAUUGCUUCAGCUCAGUUCCAAGAGAUGGCAGCUUUGUCUUUGUUUAACUGGGGAAAUGUACACAUGUCUAGAGCAAGAAAAGAAGUAUUUUUCACAGAAGAGGGUUCUGGGGAGACGGUGUCGGAGCAGGUUAAAUCUGCAUAUGAAUGGGCAGAAAAAGAAUAUGAAACUGCAGAAAUGAGGUAUGAAGAAGCUCUUAGAGUCAAGCCAGAUUUCUACGAAAGCCUUCUUGCACUCGGUCAGCAGCAGUUUGAACAAGCAAAACUCUCAUGGUACUAUUUGGUUGGGAGUAAAGUAGAAUUAGAGACAGGGACAUGUGCAGAGAUCUUGGAGCUAUACAACAAGGCUGAGGAUAGCAUCAACAGAGGGAUGGAAAUGUGGGAAGAGAUGGAAGAACAACAUCUAAAUGGACUCUCGAAAUAUGAGGAAUAUAAAGCUCAAUUGUACAAAAGGGGCUUGGAGGGUAUACUUAGAGAUAAAUCAUCUGAAGAAACUAAAGAGCAGACUGAAAACAUGAGGUCUCAGAUUUACCUGUUAUGGGGAACCAUGCUCUACGAACGUUCCGUGGUGGAAUUUAAGAUAGGAUUACCAACCUGGGAAGAAUGUCUAGAUGUUGCAGUAUAUAAGUUUGAACUAGCUGGAGCAUCACAUUCUGAUAUUGCAGUCAUGAUAAAGAACCACUGUUCCAAUGAAACUGCUCUCGAAGGGUUCAAAGUUGAUGAGAUUGUACAGGCAUGGAGUGAGAUGUAUGAUACAAACAGGUGGCAGACUGGGGUGCCAACUUUCAGGCUAGAACCAUUGUUCCGCCGUCGGGUUUCAAGCCUUCAUUCUAUACUGGAAAAUAUUUGAAUUGCAAAGCUAUGAUACAUUGAA